GACGCGGCCACGCCGGAGGGCGGCUCGCCGCGGCACGCGGCGGGCGCGCCCCCGGCGUCGCUGCGGGAGCAGGAGGCGCGCCUCGCCGCGGGUGCCGAGCGGCGGCUGCGCCUGGACGCGGCCAUCCGCGCGAAGAUUGGGCGGGUGGACCUGGAGCUGGAGCCCGCGCGGCGGGGGCUGGCGGAGCUCGAGGCCGAGGCGGGGAGGUGGCGCGCGAGGGUGGCGGAGCAGGGCGCGCGCACCCGCGCGGCGGAGCAGGCGCUGGCGGAGCAGCGCGCGCUGCUGCAGGAGGCGGCGGGGGCGGCCCUGCAGCGCCAGCGGGAGGGCCAGGAGCUCCGCCACGAGGUCGCCGAGGCGCAGGGCGCGUACGACCGGCUGUGCGAGGACCUGCAGGCCACGCUCAGCGAGAUAGCCGAGCUGGACCGGCAGGACAGCGACGCCAAGAGGCGCUGGCGGCUGGGCCACCUGGCCAGGGUCGACGCGCGGGCCGCGCGGCGCCGGCUGGCGGACCGGGCAGAAUUCGCCAUCGGCGCGGAGGGCGGCGACGGGCCUCCCACGGAGGAGGAGUUGGCUUUCACGAGCAGGCUUGUCCCGACUGACCUCGCUCACGGCGCAGGCACGUCGUCUGAAACGGCACGCCCGCCGCGGGGGUGA